GACAGACAGGAGCCCCGGGCGGGCGGAGCAGAGCCGCUCCGGGCGGGCGGAGCUAGCUGGACCGUACCGAGCCGGUUAGCCGGUUAGCCGGUGAGCUUCAGCAGGCCCCCUCAGGUGACAGGCUCUCCGCAGCCGUGUCGCUGAGUCACGGUGUGUCUCCGCAGCCGGGCCUCCUCUCGGCCGGAUGGAGGCGCAGCAGCAGGAGGUGGAGCAGCAGGUGUGGCGGCUGCUGGAGGGUCAGGGGUCAGAGGUCACGGCGGCGGACGUGGGCCCCGAGCAGAGCCGGCCCGUGGCCCUCAGGAAGAGCGUCACCUACAUCGUCUGCGCCGUCAUCUUCAACGACAAGGAGGAGGUGCUGAUGGUGCAGGAGGCGAAGCAGGAGUGUUAUAAGCAGUGGUACCUGCCUGCAGGGAGGAUGGAGGUGGGAGAGAGCAUCGAGGAGGCGCUGAAGAGAGAGGUGAAAGAGGAGGCGGGGUUUGACUGCCAGCCAAUCACGUUGCUGCUGGUGCAGGAGCAGGGGCCGCAGUGGAUCCGCUUCAUCUUCCUGGCCGAGGUCACAGGGGGGACUCUGAAGACCCCGGCUGCAGCGGAUCAGGAGUCUCUUCAGGCGUCCUGGUGGGACAGACAGGCUCCUCUGGCUCUGAGGGGGCGGGACAUCCUGCGUCUGAUCGAGUCGGGCCUCAGGUACCGGCAGGCCCCUUGGCACCCGGCCACGCUGCCUGUGGAUCUGAGCUGCCGUCACGUGGUGCAGCGGCUCGUCCUCGUCUUCACCAACGCCCACGACCAGCUGUGGCUGCUGCUGCUGCGAGCGCCGACGCCCCACCUGCCCGCCGCCGUGGCGGUGAAGACGCACGCGGUGACCUGGGGGGCCAACAUGGUGGUGCAGGAGGCCAUGCCGUCGGCGUACUACGACCACGAUGUCAGCACGCUGGGCGUGUUCAGCCUGCAGCACGGCGGCCGGCAGCCCGGCAGGACCGACGGCGUCUGCCUCAACACGCUGGUGGCGCUGGUGCCCGACCGGGUGCAGCGCGGCGAGGACGGCCGCCGGCUGGACCGGGCCGAGUGCGCGCUGCCGCCGCCCGUCGAGAACCCCCGGUACUUCUGGUACCAAAUCCACAACCAGACGCUGAGGGAGGAGCUGCUGAGCAGGACCAGGAAGAACGCCAUCGUCCCCAUCCACAGCCUCUACUGAGCCGCCGCCGCCGCCGCCGCCGCCGCCGCCGCCGCCGCCGCCGCCGCCGCCACCGCGCCCGGCUGCCUGACAGCUUUAAGACUCAACACACCGCCAGCUUACAACACACACUUUACUCAAAAAAAACAUCUCAGUUAUAUACUUUGAUCAGUCAGCAGUGAGGAGAAGCUUUAAAGACCCCAUGAAAUGACCUCACAUGACCUCUGCUUCCUGUCAGGCAGUGACAUCAUCAUCCUGCUCUGGUUUCAACCAAUAAAACCUCACAAAUCUUUAAACGUCCUCUCUCCUCUGUGACGGCGUAUCAGGGCCGUUUUACACAACAAGACUCACAAAUUCAUGAGGAAAAAAAUCUGAAUGUGUUUUUUUUCUUGUAAAUUUGUGUUUUUAUACUCUGAGAAUUUAUUUAUUUUUUUCUCUUAAAUUUCCGAAUUUGUUUCUUGUGAAUUAACUGUCUCCCUCUCCAGCUCCAGUAUUUUUUUCCGUAUAAUGGCUGCAACCUGCCUUCUUGCUCAUCCACUUGUCCCUUCAAAAUAAAAGUCUGUCUCUCUGCCAAACAGAGUCCACACAGAAUGAUGAGAGCAUGAGCUUAAUCACAUGAAAUGUCACAUUUGUUGCACCACGCCCCGCCCAAACAGGAAAUACAUCAUAUCAAGAAAGUAAGAGUUCAUUUUAUGGGGUCUUUAAUUGUGAAGUGACAGAUGAAACACUAACCCUGCGUUCCAAUACUCAUACUACCAUACUAUUUAGUAGGGGAAAAAAGAAUUAGCAUGCAUAUUACAUACUAAACUACAUACUUUGUAAGGGCCACUGUAGUACAUACUAAAAGUAAAAAGUAUAAGUAUGCGAUUUGGAACGCAGGGUCUAAUAUUCCUGUGGGUUGUAUGAGAAGGUGAUUGUGUUGAAGAGUGCGAGUGUGAGUGUGUGUGUCCUCCAGUCUGGAUAAACUAAUAGAUAGCGGACCAGUUAUGAUGUAAAUAAUAUUAAUAAUAUAAUAAAUAUAAAUAAUAUAAACAGAUCACAUGAAAGCGGAAGCUGUCGAGCUGCUGUUUGAUCUCGAAAUGAGACCUUUUUUUUUUUUUUUUU